AUGACUCGUGAUCCCACCACCCCGGGUUCCUACAAGAGUUUCAAGAUGCCUAUGCUUGCCUACCUUCCCCGCAUCGACGAGGUCCGCAGGUCUGCCCGCAUGCCUCUCGACUGCGCUCGCGACAUCAUCUACGCUACCGCCAAGGAGAUCCAGCAGCUCAAGCGCUCCGCUUCUUACUUUUCCGAUCUCGACACCAUCUCUUUCGAUGAUGGCGCCCCCGAGCUUGCCGGACUCCACGACCAUUUGUUCAGGCUCGCGCUGAAGAAUGUCAUCAACGUCGAGGUCGGUCCCGACGGCACCACGGAGGUUUCCAUCAACGAGCUUCUCUACAACUAUGAGGACCUCUGGUACAUCACCGUCUACCACAUCGUCAUGCUCUACCGCGAGCUUUACAGGGAUUUCUCCGCCGGACGCCUGGCUCCUUACUCUCAGUUCGCCGAGCACCUCCCCUUCCAGACCGUGGUCGAGCACCUCUACCAACACUGGGCCGCCCUCGCCGACCCGAUUCUGAUGGCCACCCUCGACUUCUCCAUCCGCAAGGAGAAUCUCAUGAGGUUCAAGACGGUGCACAACUUGAAGGUCUUCGUGAAGAGUGGCACGUACAUCCACAACCGCGACCUCGUUGCCGUCGCGAGCAGCAUCCGCAAGGGGCUCAACGCCAUCCCCUUCGACGAGACGCAGCUGGACACGGACAAGUACCCGGGCCUGACGCCGGAGCUCGACAAGCCCGACUUCGCGUCCGCAUUGCUGCACCACCUCCGCCACGCCAACGCCUCGUGCCUGGCCGUCUGGCUCUACGAGCACAACAUCUCGCCCUCAUACAGCGUCUUCGACGACAAGCAGCAGGCCAACGAGGCCGACUUUCUAGAAUAUGUCGCCAAGCAGGAACAGACCAAGGCGGCGGAAAAGAAGAACAACAAGAAGCAGCAGCAGCAGCAGCAGCAGCCGCAGCAGAGCCCCUCGACCAUCGCGGCCCCAGACAUCUUCAUCCCCAUCGAGAACGCCCCCCGCACCAUCGACUUCAACAAGGUCUGCAACUACCUCCCCUACAUCGACGCCGAUGACCUCACCGACAUCGACGACGACGAGAUGGACCUGCAGUCCGAGCUGGCCGACGAAAUGGACGAACACCCAGACGACCCCUUCUCCGAGGCGGUGCGCUGCCCCGCGGCCUCCCCCAGCAUCAACCCCACGAUCAACCCCACCACCGGCACCGGCAACGGCACCAGCAAAAAGCGUGCCCGCGCCCCCUCCCCCAUCGACACCGCCCUCGCCAACGGCACAAACAACAACAACAACAACAACAACAACAACCCCAACCCCAACCCCAUUAACCCCGCCAAGCGCCUCCGCCCCCUACCCAGCCCGCCCACCCCCUCCCCCCUCACCCUGGGCAGCUUCUCCCCCCACACCGGAACCAGGGGCAAGCCUCGCCGCUGCAUGUCGGUCCUCCCGUCGCCGGUCCCGCCGCGCACGGGCGAGCCGCUGCUGACGCACCUGGCGGAGACGGCGGCGCAGCACGCGCACGACACGGCGCUCGAGGGCAAGCGCAUGGCGGCGGAGCGGGCGCGGGCGCUGCGCGCGCUGUGCGGCGAGGAGACGGCGGCGGAUGACGCGAGGCGGGAGCGCGAGGCCGAGGCGGAGGUGGGGCCCGAGGUGGUGGCGGCGUGGUGGGCGGAUUUCGGGCCGCAUGUGUAUUGGGUGCGUGAGUGA